GUGUUUACACGUUAUGGGAAAUGUUACAUGUUUAACGCUGCUGAAGAGGGGAAGACUUUGAGGACUACAAUGAAAGGAGGCACGGGCAACGGCCUGGAGAUCAUGCUGGACAUCCAGCAGGAUGAAUACCUGCCUGUGUGGGGAGAAACAGAAGAGACCGCAUUUGAGGCAGGAGUGAGGGUGCAGAUCCACAGUCAGGCAGAGCCUCCCUUUGUACAUGAGCUGGGCUUCGGAGUCGCCCCAGGCUUUCAGACCUUCGUGGCUACCCAGGAGCAAAGACUGACAUACCUUCCUCCUCCGUGGGGCGAGUGUGUGUCCAGAGCCCUGGAUUCAGGCCUCUUUCAGGUGUACAGCGUGUCUGCCUGUCGCAUUGAGUGUGAGACGCGCUACAUCGUAGAAAACUGCAACUGCAGAAUGGUCUACAUGCCUGGUGAUUCUCCAUACUGCACUCCUGAACAGUAUAAGGAUUGUGCUGAACCUGCUCUGGCUGCUCUGUCAGCUGUUGAAGGCACAAACUGCAUCUGCAGGAGCCCCUGUAACAUGACUCGAUACAACAAAGAGCUUUCCAUGGUCAAGAUCCCCAGUAAAACCUCUGCACGCUACCUGGAGAAGAAGUUCAAUCGAUCAGAGAAGUACAUCACGGACAAUAUCCUAGUUCUGGAUGUGUUUUUUGAGGCUCUGAAUUAUGAGACCAUAGAGCAGAAGAAAGCAUACGAGGUGGCGGGUCUACUAGGUGAUAUUGGUGGUCAGAUGGGCUUGUUUAUCGGUGCAAGUAUCCUGACCAUACUGGAGCUAUUUGAUUAUGCAUAUGAGGUGGUGAAGGAGAGACUGCUGGACCUGCUGAACAGAGAGGAGGAGGAAGAGAGUCAUGGAGAGGAUGUGAGUACCUGUGAUCCGGUGGUAAACCACUCGGAAUCGCUCAGCCACACGGUCAGUGUUCCCCUCCAGACCACCCUGGGCACCCUAGAGGAGAUUGCCUGCUGAGCACCGUAACCCCUCCACACCAACAGGGGGGGCUGGGCCACUCCACUCCAAUGGGUGGAGGACAGAGUAAAACGAGGGAAAAGUCUCUAUUGCUUUUUCUCAACGUCAUCAUUUGGCACAAACAUGAGAACUAGAAGCCAAGGAGCUUCUCGAGGAACAUGAGGACCCCAAAGUUUCUCACAAACACCAUCUGUUUGUUCUGGACUCAUGAAGGAAAGCAGAAGCUUGUGGACCUGUCGGGACAGUCACUUGUAAAAAUAAGACAAACAUGAACAUGUGAGGAACUGCAGAUGCGCACAGCCUCUCUCUUUCUCUCUCUGCCCAGACGCCAUUUUGAAGUCUACUGCCAAAACACUGUAAAUUAUUAACAGAGAAAACAUUGUGAAACUGUUCUAACUGUGCAUGUGUCAGUUUCAUGCGUUACAAUACGGUUUUCUCGAACCUGUCAUCCCCUCUCACGUGUGGAGACAGUUUUGUCUUCUUGUGCUGUUUGUUUGCUAUGUGUUUCUGCAUCUCAAUUGGUUUCUUGAUGUAUCAGGGAUGCAUCAUAAAAAUGAGAGCCCCUUUCUUCUAUCCUUUUUAUUUUUCUAUCCUUCAUAGAAAAGUCGAAUGGGUCACGGUACAAUGGCAGCCAUUAUGAGCCCAUUGUGGCUUCGAAUGGCUCUUCUACAUGCUUUCUGGAUCCCAUUUGAAAAAUGAAGAACAAAGAGAGUACAGAAAAUAAGUGUUUUUGUCGCUUUCUGCAUAAGAAUAUAGUGAUACAACUAGCGGUUUUCAUUUUGUUACAUGUGAGAGGUGUUAAUUUGUCAUUUAAUGCUGAUAUUAGAAAGCUGAUACAUUGAGAUUUUUUUGACAGCAAUCAUAAUUCCGCUUUCCCAACUAUUGUAAGUGGGAUAUUUUCAAACAUAUAAAGGAUUUAGAGGAGUUCAUGGUAGUUUAUUAUGCGUGUUGUCGCUCUACUAUUGUCUAUGUCUCAUCUCCUCAUUUUAGAGCACUUCAUCUAUGCUGGGGUUAAUUAAUGCUGUAAUUGUCAUAUGUUAGCUGAUAUUUACUAUGUUCCCACAGUGCUCUUUGAUGAUGGAUUAUAGACCGUUCAAAGGUGUGAUUAUGUUCUUUUCUGCUCUCAAACUAAAUGUGAGGUUCUCGUAUCACUAUACAUCAGCAGUGGCAGCUCGUGGGUUUUAAAAUAGAGGCGGCACACUAAUUGUAUUGGUCU